GUAUCAGUAAAGGUUACGGAUUCAUUGAAUUUGUCAGCCCGUCUGCUGCAGCUGAUGCUACCAAUAAACAAGUUCACACUUUAGAAGGUUUAAACCUAACAGUUCAAAUCCAGAAUAAUUAAUUUGCUUAGAUAGCAUUUAUAAUGGCAGAGGCGCUCCCAGUAUAUCCAGAUUCUGACUUCUCUGAUGAAGAUCAAUCACCCUUAGACAUAUCCUUCAAUAAGGCAGCCGAUCAUGUUAGAAAGAUUACAAAUCAACUUAACAAUAACCAACUCCUAGAGUUAUAUGGCCUAUUCAAGCAAGGCACUGAAGGCAAGUGCAAUGUCCCUAAGCCAGGUUGGUUGGACAGUCGGGGCAGGAGGAAAUGGGAAGCUUGGAAGUCAUUAGGAGAUCUCCCCUCUGAUGAAGCAAAAGAAAGAUACAUAGCACUAAUACAGAAGUUCGAUUCUGAAUUUUCCCAUACGCCAGAUGAUUCACCAGGAUCGAAAGAAGCCUGGGUGGCCGUGUCUUCUCUUAGAUAUUCUCCUGAACCAGAUCUAGUUACUAACGAGUUGUCUCUGUUAGAGGCUGCUCGGGAGAACUGUGCUGAGCGAGUUAAUGAACUUCUUGAGCUCAAUCCUGAACUACGACAUGAGAAAGAUGAUGACGGCCUCACUGCAUUACACUGGGCUGCCGAUCGAGAUGCAACUGAAGCUUUAUCAGCUGCUAUUAAGGGUGGAUGUCCGUUAGAUGCAGCUGAUGAAUGUGGUCAGACCGCUCUUCAUUAUGCCGCAUCUUGUGGCCAUGUGGACUCAACUAGGAUUCUUAUAGACGCCGGGGCCUCUCUGCUGAAAGACGAUGAAGACUGCACCCCCGUAGAUUUAGCAACAGAUGACGAUAUAAAAAAGAUACUAGAAGGUGCAAGGAAAUAGUGUAAAUCAUUAAUUUUAGUUUGGCGCCAGUUUAGUUGUUAAUGGGAAUAUAAUGUAGAUUUAUGUAUUUGAAUAAACUUUUUAAAACAA